UCCUGUGACCCGCCUACAACAUGGUCAGGUGCCCCUGCCCCCACCUCCAGGGCACAGCCUGGAGGGUAUAAACAGUGCUGGAGGCUGGAAGGGGCAGACCAGCUGAGUCCUGGACAGCAGCCCUCACGCAGCCACUGACAGACGCACCAUGAGGGCCCUCACACUCCUCGCUCUGCUGGCCCUGGCCGCACUGUGCCUCGCUGGACUGGCAGAUGCGAAGCCCAGCAGUGCAGAGUCUGACAGAGGUGCAGCCUUCAUGUCCAAGCAGGAGGGCAGUGAGGUGAUAAAGAGACCCAAGCGCUACCUGUAUCACUGGCUGGGAGCCCCAGCCCCCUACCCAUACCUGGAUCCCCUGGAGCCCAAGAGGGAGGUGUGUGAGCUCAACCCGGACUGUGACGAGCUGGCUGACCACAUCGGCUUCCAGGAGGCCUAUCGGCGCUUUUACGGCACGGCCUAGGGCAUCCGUCCUCCUGGCCCAGCUGGCAAGCCCAGCUCUGGCUCCUCGCACAUCCCUUCCCUUGCCCUCACCCUGACCUCCCUGCCCUAUGAGGGUGGGGUCCCCAUCAUCCCAGCUGCUCCAGAAUAAACUCCAGAAGAGGAA